GAGACAACUGCGUCAAGAGCAUGGAUGGAGUAUUUAAAAGACCAUUUUAAAAAGAAAAAAGACUGACAGUACAAAGUAUGCAUGAGGGUGGUCCAGGUGCUCUGGAGAUCGGGACGAUGACAAUUUGAGGAGCAGGAACUUUGAUGCCUGCUGUCUCCUCACUUAAUGUUGGAGACACUUCUGUGGACCAGGGAAACACAAACCAUGUGGGUUUUAAGGUAGAUGAUGUUAUGUGGAGUUCCAAUUGAAGCGGGGGCAUGCAAAGUGCUUUUGCUUGAAAGAAGAUGUCUGGGCUUGUGGUGAAAAAUGGAUGAUACAUGACAACUGGGAUUAACUGAAAGCACAACCAAAAGAAUGAAAGUUGGGGACCUGCAGAGAAUGUGCAGAAAGACCUUGGUGCUGACCGUCUGCAUGGUGACUCUUUGGGGACACUUCAGCACUGCCUCGUCACACCGGAGCCACGUAGUUCACGUGAAAGCAGGAACCUGCGAGGUCAUUGCUGCACACCGAUGCUGCAACAAGAACAAGAUCGAGGAGCGAUCGCAGACCGUCAAAUGCUCCUGCUUCCCAGGACAAGUGGCGGGGACCACGAGGGCGGCUCCUUCUUGUGUGGACGCAUCCCUGGUGGCCCAAAAGUGGUGGUGCCAGAUGCAUCCCUGCAUGGACGCUGAGGAGUGCAAAGUGCUGCCAGACCUCAAAGGAUGGAGCUGCAGUAGGGGCAACAAAGUCAAGACCACCAAGGUCACACGGUAGUUUCCAGCAGAGCAGAAGUGGAUUUCACCGUAGGACACUUUUUCUUUUGUCUUAAGGAUUGUUGGAAACUUCAGACCAAUAGGGACUUUGGUCUAAAGAACAGUGAAGAAGUGUCAUGGAAGACUGCCUGUCCCAGAAGAUGACUGACAUCCACGUCUUUGUAUUAUAGUUUGACUCCCACACACCAGAGGACUCGGCCUUGAAGAUAUUUAUUAGCUCAGAACAAAAAAAGAGACACGUGAUGUGAAACCUUUGUCUUUUCCCCAAAGAUAUAUUUGUGUUGUCGCUCAAGUGACAUCAGCAUUUUCAUUGCUAUGAAGAAGAUGUUCUAUUCUGCUUCAUCCUAGUUUGAAAUCAUCCACUUGUUAGGCUGCUAAGUGGUCCUUGCAAAGAGCAGGUGUCCAUGAAAGGUGGGUUACAACAAAACAUCAACCAGCUUGAAAUAGUAUUUGUUGUUUUCAGAGACCACCAUUGAUGACAGUAGCAUCUGAAUAAAUCUAAACAAAUAGAGAUAUUGUCUCUUUGAAUGCACAUUUCAGCUCCACAUAAUUCUCCAUUGAAUAACUGUGCCAUCACCUUUUGCUUGUUGAUACAGAAGGUAUGUUAAAACCCUCACAUCUGAAUCCAAACAAUACCCUGAGAUGCAUUACUGAUAUACAACUGUGCCAAUGUUCAAUACUUUGUUUCUGUGUUCAAAUGUGUUAGUAAAUACAAAA